CAAAAGGAGAGCAAUCACCCACAACUGCGCUAGCCAUGCCCAUGCCGUUGUACGAUGUCCAAAGCAGAGCCUGAGAGAUGGCUGCCGAAGUGUCUCGGAGCUAUGGGUUCCCGAACCUGCCGGACACCUUGCUGACGCUGCCACAGACUGGACCCAAAGCCCACCUCGGACGUGAGGUGUUGGUUGGCGGAGAGAAAAGCGUCCAGAGGUCCAAGUCGCGACCUCGGCCCGCCGUUGAUACGGUGGUGAAUCCUUCGCCGCGCAACGCCGAGCCCUUGGCGAGCGCGGGUGCGAGUGUGCUGGCGCUGAGCGCACGUGAAAAGAGGGACGGCAUGAUGAAGAGCCUGAUGAAAGCGCGCCAGGCGCCGCCGGUGCCGCUGUCUGUGGAUGACGUGGAGCGAGCGUUGCAGGAGCUACAGAUAGACAAGUUCCAUGGUCCAGGCUCAGUUCCCGCGAGCCGACGUACCACCAAGAAGCCCGUGCAGGCGCCGGGUUCGCCGGCGCCGGAGCCCAGCCCGGAGGCCGAGCGCCGAGCCCGAGUGCUACGGCAAAACUUCCGUUGUGGGGCUGCUGAGAUCAAGGAGGAGUUCAACAACGUGUACAAGUGGAAUGUGUUGCCCGAGCUGGUGAACCUGGAGCCACAGUCAGACAGCAAGCUGCGGCAGGCCAAGACUUUGCAGCGACUUUGGGAGGAGUUACAGCUACCCUCGGAGAUCCGCGCGUCUGAUGUGCUUGGGACAGACGAGAGGGCCUCCGAGCAGUGUGCGCACAAGGCAGAGAUUUCAGCCUGCUUCUCGUACCUGAACUUCGUGCGAUGGCUGUGUGGUCUGCCCAAGGUGUGCUUCAGCCCUGCCAAGCACCUGGCCUGCGACAUCCUUUGUCAGGCAUUGCUGCCGCGCGCGGGUUUCAGACCCGGCGGCGAGCCCAAAGCCAAGUCUGACAAGCGGCAAGCUGUUCCCUCCGUGCAGUUGGCUCAGGAAUUGAAGGAGCUGAGCCCAAUGAUGUCCAUCCUGCAGGGGGAAGGCUCCUUAGUUUCCGCCCUGGAGCAAGGGCUGAGCGCCCACACGGGAGCUUCAGAAGCGGAGGAAACUCUGGCGGCGUCGGCCUACAAGCUGGUCGCGGCACACCCUGAGCUGGUCGAGUCGGAGGGGCAGGUCAAUCGGAGGAUGCCUGCAGAGGAGUUGCCAGAGGCCUUGCAGCACUUGAAGGUCUUUUGGGACUUGGACCCCGCUGCUCUGGACGCCCGUGAGGCUCCCAAGCGGGAGAAGGCCAAGACUCCGCGACGAGAGCCCAAGCAUGCGGCACUGCAGGCCCAGCACUUCGGCCUCAAUGCCAUCUGGGGGGAUCGUCGAGGCGCCUUGGACUCCCGACGCGCGCUGCUGAGCUGCUCUCUGCGCAGCUUCGCAGCAGCGCGCUAUGAUGACACCUGCGUGUUUUGGACCUCGAGCUGUUCGGCCUGGGAAGAGGGAGGUGACCCGGUCCACCUGGAGGCGCUGGGCAUCGAUGCCGUGUGCUAUCCUCCUCCCGGCCUUGUGCCCAUGGCACUUAUGGAAGGGCGCAUGCCCUGGACGAUCAUGCCCGACGCCCUGCGGUUCCAGCCUACGUCAGCAACCAGCGUGCGAGUGUGGCAAGUUCGCAUCAACAGGUCUGGUGCGGAGGUCGCCGAACGGCUGCAGGAGGUGCGUGUUCUCUACAUGGCGGUGGACUGCCGUGGGGAAGGCUGUUGCGUCAUCUUUUGGCCGGAGCUGCGCAUCCAGCCUGGGCUGCAGCUCGAGGUGGUGCUCUCAGGUCUGUGUGGGGCCAGGAGCGAGCUGAACAUCUUCCACGAGUUCAUGCCCUUCCGCAGGUGUGAAGCAGACAAAGCGCUUCUGGCGGAGGCCGCGCAAAUGCGGCAGCUGCUGCAGCAGGCACAGCUGGCCCAGGACUCAAGGCCCCAGCUCGGCCCUCCGCCUUUGCAGCUGCUGUCACAUCCAGGGAAGGACAUCGAAGCGACCAGUAACGACCUGCUGAUCACCCUGCGCUGCCCUGUGGCGUCCUUGUGGGCAACCUUGAUGGUCAGGAGGUUCGACGGGGAGUUCACUGAGGUCCUGCGGGCCUGCCACGCAGUGAAGCUGAGGGAUCACAUCUUCCUGGUGCGCGUGAAGCUCCCUUUGCCGUCCCACUACGAGCUGAAGUUCUCGGUCAGCUUGCCAGAGACGCCCCGGGAGGUGGAAGCCCACCCGUUCCGGUACUACAUCAACGCCUCCUCCAAGUGCCCGGCCAUUGUGCGAUCUCUAGACGACCGCCUCAUGGCCAAGUACGGGUUCGUGAAGCUCCAAGUGGAAGCACAACUCAGCGGUGUCACCAUCAUCUCCCCCUGCAAGUUCAGGGUCCCUGUGGGCCAAGUUUACUUCUUGGUUCACGUGGUCAUCCUGGUGGACCUUGGAGAUCAAAGUGCUGCCCUCCAAGCAGCGCAAGACGCCUUGCCGCCGCUCUACUCGGACUCGGAGGAUGGCCGGCCUCUCCUCUUUGCAAAGCGACUCUUGCCUGAGGACACACGAUCUCCCAAGGAGGUGCGGCUCAUGCACGAAGUGCUGCAGGCUUUUGCUUUGAAGACCCAGGACGCCCACGGCGACAUCCACUUGGAUCUCGUGCUGCACAACGGCCAGCACAUUCACAGGCUCAGGCAGCGGCACGACCUGCCCUGCCUCUUUGAGAGUCUUCUGAACGUCUCCGAGGUGGACAACUCUACGAAGGUGCAGCUGGUUCUGCGCUUCCCCAAGGCUCACGCCUGCGACUUCUCCCCAAGGAGAGUGGCUGAGUGGACGGUCUCGCGACAAGAUCGCGUGCACGAUAAUUUUUAGCUCGCUGAACAUCGGCAGCUGUUUAUUCUGGAAAUUAUAUGUAGCUAUAUUUAACCUGGUGGCAGAGGCUCUGCGAUUACAGCCAUCCCGUUGAAAGACCUGCAAAGCAGCGAGAAACAAUUGCGCAACCU